CGAUAUAGUUGUUAUUGCUCUGGUUAGGUCAUUUUUGGAUCUGAUUCUUCUGUUUAUAUUUUUUUUUCUACUAUAUCUAAUAACCGAUUUGUGAUACGGCAUCCUGUUGGAUUAAUUAAGAAUUCCUCUCACCUAUAUUUUAAAUGUAAAGGUGAUGGUGAUGACAAGGGAUGAAUCGUUUUGUGCAAAAAGAUUGGAAGAGGACAAUCAGCAGGCUCAGAUAGCCUUAUAUUAAGAGGGGAUUAUUUAUCUAUGCUGAGAUCGAAAUGAGUUUGGAAUCAUCAGAAGAGGCAGAUGCUAGGCCAGAAAUUCCUCCUUCGCCUGACACCGGUCAAAAAGAGGAACAGAAGAAUGUAGAGAGUAAGAAUCGUAAACAUUUAACGUGUGAUGUUAAAGGGUGCACAGCUUCAUUCUCACGACCCUGGAGAUUGGCGGCACACAAAGCUGUUCAUUUAGGAGAGAAACCAUUCCCAUGUGAUGUUGCUGGUUGUGAUAAAGCAUACACAUCGUCAUAUCACCUUAGGAGGCAUAAACUUUCUACUCACAGCUCAAGUCCAGCCAUUGAGAAAGUUUUCAAGUGCGAGUUCGAAGGUUGUACGGCAAUUUUCAAACAGAGGCAGAACGAAAGGCGUCACUAUAGGCGAACUCAUGAAAAAAAGAUAUGCUUGACAUGCGGCAAAUCUUUUGAGAAACAGUCAAUGCUUCGAUCUCAUGCAUUCUAUCACACUGGAGAGCCUCCUUAUAAGUGUGAAAUAUGCAAAGCUGGAUUUUUAACAAAGGGAAAUCUAAUUAGGCACAACCGAGGGCAUAGGGAGCAUAUUUGCCCUGUGCACGGUUGCAUACAAGUAUUUGAUACUUGGUCACACCUUCGUAAACAUCUUGCUACACAUCCACUACAAUUUACCUGUUAUUACUGUAAAAAGGCAUACAGGCUAAAAGAAUUCUUGAAAGCACAUAUAAAAAAGCAUAUGAAUGCAAAUGGAGGACCAUUGAAGAGGCAGUGUACGCUGAAAAGAUACACCUGUUCCAUAUGUUCUGCCUCCCUUCUCGGCAAGGCUUCCCUCAAGAGGCACAUAAGUUUAAUUCACGAAAAGUCGAAGAAUGAAAAGACAGAAAAGGCGGACAACAAACCAAGAGCACCCCGGAAAGAUAAAGGUGUACCAAAGAGAUCAAUGGCCACGGCGCUGAGCAGCGUUUUUCUCAAUGCGGAUCUAGAAUUAAGGCUCUUGCAUGGCGAACCAGUUGUCGAUGAUUUAGAAAGAGCCAUAUCUACUAACCAAAUACAAGAAUCUCAGAUGGUUCUUGUUGAUGGAUCAACAUCUGAAUCUGAUGUUCCUAUUGUUAAAGAGAUUGAAUUUAAUAAACUCUAGUCGUAAUAUUUUAUUAUUAA